CAACCUCUCAUCACGACGCCCACUGAGCAUGCGCUGUACCAGUCAGCUGGGCGCCUUGGAAAGAAGCAUCAUGGCGGCGUCCGCUGCUAGCGUGCUGUGUGGCUUACGGAGAGCCAUGGUCCCGUCUUUGGUGGUGAUUUUAGGAGCUACCGGUACUGGGAAGUCCAAGCUGGCGAUAGAGCUCGGAAGACGACUUCAGGGAGAAAUAAUCAGCGCCGACUCCAUGCAGGUGUACCAGGGCCUUGACAUCAUCACCAAUAAGGUGACGCCUGAGGAGCGGGCGCAGUGCAGACAUCACAUGAUCGGCUUCGUGGACCCGUUGGUCAGCGGCUACACGGUGUUGGACUUCAGGAACAAAGCCCUGGCUCUAAUAGAUGACAUGCACAGCAGGGACACACUGCCAGUCGUUGUAGGAGGAACAAACUACUACAUUGAGUCUCUGCUGUGGAAAGUCCUGGUGGAUACAGGGCAGGAGAACGGGGAGCUGGGGGACGGAGGAGAUGGGGCUCUGGACAGGAAGCUAGAGCUGGAAAAACUGGGAGUAGAAGAGUUACACAAACGACUGGCGGAGGUCGACCCAGAAAUGGCUGCCAUGCUGCACCCCAAUAACAAACGCAAGAUAAGCAGGAGUCUUCAGAUCCAUGAGAUGACGGGCGUCUCUCAUACCCGAUGGCUGGAAGAGCAGAGGGGGCAGGAGGGAGGCGAUGGGCUCGGGGGGCCGCUGAGAUACUCAGACCCCUGCAUCUUCUGGCUGCACGCUGACAUGGAAGCUCUAGACAAGCGGCUGGAUGCUCGUGUGGAUGAGAUGUUGUCUGCUGGACUCAUCGAGGAGCUCAGAGACUUCCACGUUCGCUACAAUCAGCAGAAAGUCCAGAAUGACAGUCAGGACUAUCAGCGUGGGAUUUUCCAGUCGAUCGGUUUUAAAGAGUUUCAUGAGUUCCUGACGGCUCCUGAAAGCAGCACCCAGCAGGAGAGAGACACACUAAAAGACAAAGGAAUAGAAGCUUUGAAGAUUGCCACGAGGCGUUACGCACGUAAACAAAAUAAAUGGGUCCGUAACCGCUUCCUUAAACGACCGGGUGACAACGUACCGCUGGUGUAUGGCCUGGAGGUGACGGACGUGUCGAGGUGGGAGGAGACCGUGCUGAACCCUGCACUGCAGAUACUGGACAGCCUCAGCAAGGGUGAGGAGCCAGCUAUUCAGCCAAUCAGAGUGCAGGGGGCGGAGCAGAGGAACAAACGGAGCCGACAUACGUGUGAUCUGUGUGAUAAGGUCAUCAUCGGAGACCUGGAGUGGACAGCUCACCUGAAAUCCAAAAAGCAUCACCAUCACGUGAGGAAGAAGAGGAAGACCGAUCCAACCUGUGAGGUUUCCUCUGCUGCUGCUGCUGCUGCUGCUGCUGUGGACAGCGUCUCAGAGGACUCCCCUGAUGCUGUUGCCCCGGGAUGCACUGAAACCUCUCAGGAGUUAUCCCCAGAACCCGGGAUUACACACAAAGAAGUACCUGUGACUUUGUAAAAGUGACGCAGACUCUGGACAUCUUCACUCAGGUUCCCAACACUGUCCUGCACAAACAGCUGUUUUCUUAGCGUCCUUAUAGGGCUGCUCACUUGGAUCCCAUUCAGACAAACUUCUGUUGGAUCGUCCUGGAGUACAAAACAGGAAUUGAUAACACUGGAUGUGGAGGCCAGCGAAGAUAUUUUUCUACUUUGAUCCGUAAACUAAAUGUCCUUGAAGCUAUUUAUUGUGAUGUUGAUGGUUUGGACGAUUCAGCAUUGUAAGCGCAAAAGGAUAAACUAGACCUUUCAUUUUUGAAGGACUGUUUUUUCCCCUUGCCUUUUACAAGAAAACACUUUAUUUUUCGAUUUUUAAAUGACGUGGCCAUUUGUCAUACUGUCCAUAUCUUCCAUUUUAAAUAUAUUAGCAUUUCUUUAGAGUUUCUUUGCCUUGUUUUGAGCUUAACCACAUCCACUAAACUAAACUUUUCAAAAUUGAAGGAUUUUAAAGUUCAUUUCCCAUGUAGGAUGUAGUGAUUUGAAGUGGCAAACUCCGGGUCUGCAAAUGUGUAAGUGCCUUAAAACUACAUGUCCUCUCGUGACCAGCAGGGGGCGACUCCACUGGUUGCAAACGGAAGCUUGGUUGUAUAGAAGUCUAUGAGAAAAUGAGCUUACUUCUCACUUGAUUUGUUACCUCAGUAAACAUUUUCCCAAAGAAA